AUGCACGAAGUACCUAGUAGUCCUUUGACUGAGUGCUCUGGCAGAAACUCAGAUUUCGAUAGUUUAGAACAGGAAUACAAUGACCGGGUUGGAUCGAAUAUCACCGAUGACAUCCUUGAAGACAGAAAGCAGAAGCACCAUGCUUUCAAGCAACCGCUAUCUUCAUCAUCUCCAAUCAAAGAAAAUUUAAGAGAGAGAAGGAGAGACAGGCUGCGUGAGCUGGCGAGAGAAAAGAAGACCAACAGUUACAGAAGCGAUAUUGAGCAGUUCAUUAUGAGACAAGAGUAUCUGCGACACCUGCAAGAAAUGGAAAGGGAGGCCGAGAAGCAUGUGAUAUCUUUGGAUGAAAUCGAUAGAUUAAUAGACGAAGAUCUUGAUCCGGUAUUGGACAAGAAACCGUCCGUUUCCAUAGAAGAAAAGCCUUCAAACCAGCGAUCGGACAAAGAAAAGGAGCUAGAAGAUGAUGACGAUAGCGAGCUUAUACGACUGAUAGAGAUACAGCAGGAAUACGAAUUUUUAAUGAAGCAGGAACAACAGGAGUUGGAAGAAACCUUGUCCUCGUUCACCCUAUAG